AUGAUUUUUUUGUUUUUUGGAAUAGGAUGUACUCCUUAAGAAUAAAUGGAUAUUUUUAAUAGAUAUAAAAGUGGAACUUACAUAAUUCAUGGGUUGUUAUUGAUUACAACAAAAUAUUCAUAAUAAAAGAGGCUUUCUUUUAUAAUCAAGUGCAUAAUCUAACAAAUACAUAAAAGAAAUCUUUAAUUCUUUAAGUAGAAUUAUAUAAUAUUAACUAAUAUCCAAAUUCUACUUCAUAUAAUAGUGAUGUAAGAGCAAAAUCAUUUAGAAUGCAUCAAGGAAACUUUAAAAACCGUUAAGGAAGUUGGAAAAUUGGUCAGAGAUAAAAAAGUUACAACUGAAGUUGAUGUUUACUAUUUUGCAUUAUGUUCCAAGAUGUUAUUUAGGGAAUUGAUACACUUUUUGAGGGAUUGA